CUUCUUCUUCUUCUUCUUCUGUUUCUUCUACGCUUCAAUUACUAGCAGAGCUUUCGACGCCGACAAUUCCGACGUCCAUUCCGUUCAUUUCACCCUCCGUCGUCAGCCAAACUGACCGAGAUUCUCUAAUCACGGCUUCGGUCAUGGAGUCUCUCUCCCCUGUGUCCCCUUCCGUCGUCCUCCCUCCGAGUAACUCGCUCCAGCUCCAGCGGCCGCGGCGGCUGGCCAUCUCCCGCGCAGUCCACGGCGGUUUCCGUCCCCGUCGCGCUCCGCGCUUCCUCAUCCCGCACUCUCCGGAGCCCCGUCGGAGGAUAUUCCCGGAGUUCUGUCGUGGAUCGCGCGGGAACGUUGGAGGGGAGGAGGAUGACGGGAGCGACGAGGUGGAGAGGGCGAUGCGGCUGGACGGGAGCAUUCCAGGGACUUCCGACGAGUUCGUGAAGAGAGUGUCUUCUCGUGCUUACGACAUGCGCAGGCACCUCCACCAGUCCUUUGAAACCAGCAGCUAUGAUGUGUUGGAGGCAAAUCCAUGGAGAGAUACUUCAAAGCCUGUAUACGUAUUGACUCAUGGUGAAAACCAAUUGUGCACAAUGAAAACACGAAGAGAUCGCAGCGAAGUCGAGAAAGAGCUUGGAUUGCUGUUCUCCAAAGCUGGAAAAUUGAGUUCCAGUUCUGGAAGUCAGCCUAAGCAGUCAAGGAGCAGGACAAAGUUCCAGAUGGUUGUUGAGGAUAUCCGGGAUGGAGUUCUUGUCUUUGAAGAUGAGAAUGAAGCUGCAAAAUAUUGCGACUUAUUGCAGGGAAGGGGUCCAGGGUGUGAAGGUGUUGCAGAGAUAGACGCCUCCUCGGUGUUUGAUCUAUGCCGCAAGAUGAGGGCUCUUGCAGUUUUGUUUCGUAGGGGAAGAACACCACCUCUACCCCAAAGCCUUGAGCUUAACUUGAAGGCCAGGAAGCGGUCACUUGAAGACUAAGGAGGCUCGGCUUGAUGCUACUUAUGCUCCGACAUCAUUCGAAAGGAUCACAUGAUCGCUGUCUAUUUAUGGAAGUUGUCCAACGGUUUUAAAGUCGACUGUAUCUACCACUCUACUGCAAUCCUCGUGUCAUAUAUUGGGUAAGUAUAGGGCCGUUUUCAUUACCCUUUUCAACACAUGGCAGGGGUGGCUUGACAGUUUAUUUGUCGGAGGUGGGAUUUACAUAUUGUACAGGACUUUGGGUAAAGUUUAAUGCAAGGCCCACAAU